CAUCCAUCCAUCCAUCCAUCCUUCCUUCCAGCAUACUCCCUGAACAAUGACUGCCGCUGCGUUCUCCAAGAACCUCUUCGAUAUCCUCGGAGACGAGGAUGAGGUCCGUCCUCAGACCACCGCUCCCGUUAAGGAGCAGAAGAAGACUGAUGCUGCCAAGCCCCAGGGCAAGACCGACAAGCGCGGUCCCUCUGCCAAGCCUAAGGAUGGUGAGGCCCCCAAGCAGCGUGGUCCCCGUGGUCCCCGUCGCGAGGGUGGUGCUCCCCGUGAGGGUCGCCCCCAGCGUGGUCGUCAGUUUGACCGCCACAGUGCCACCGGCAUUGCUGAUUCCGAGAAGAAGGAGAAGCAGGGCUGGGGACACCCCGAGUCUGCCCAGGCUGAGGCCUCUGCCGACACCCCCUCUUCUGCCGACCCCGCUUCCGCCGAAAAGGAGACUCCUAUUAUCCCCGAAGAGCCCGAAGAGAUCGUAAAGACUCUUGAUGAGUACCUCGCCGAGAAGGCCGCCAAGGCCCUCAAGGUUGCUCUCCCCGAGUCCCGCAAGGCUAACGAGGGUUCCGACGACGCCAAGUGGAAGGACUCUGUUGCCUUUGUCAAGACUGAGGAGCCCGAUUUCUUCGUUGCCAAGGAGACCAAGACUGUCAAGAAGACCGAGAAGGUCAAGAAGGAGAAGGUCUUGAUUGAGAUUGAGCAGCGUUUCCAGGAGAAGGCUCGCCCUGCUUUCCGUGAGGAGCGUCGUUCCGGUCCUGCCGGUGGUGAGCGUCGCGGUCGUGGUAACGGUCGUCGCAACAACGCCCCCCGUCAGACCAACGGCCCCGCUGUCAACCUCCAGGAUGACUCCCUCUUCCCCUCCCUCGGAGCAUAAAAAAAGAAAAGCUUAAUAAAUAUUAAAACGGCAUCAACAUUUUUUCUUUACAAAAAAAAAGAAAAAUAAAACGUCAAUGGAGUAUAUAUAUAUAUAAUUCUAAAGG